AUGGAGUAUUUUCAGUGUAUUUUCACGGCAGAACAAGUGAGUCCAGAAGCAAUUGCAGAAGUUGUUAAUGCAACUCCUUGCCGGGUGACACAAAACAUGAAUGAAGCAUUAUUGGCCUCCUAUACUAAUGAGGAAAUCAAGAAGGCCCUCUUCCAAAUGCAUCCAUCGAAAAGUCCUGGUCCUGAUGGUAUGUCUCCCUUCUUCAACCAAAAAUAUUGGGAUAUUGUCAAUGAAGAUGUAUGUUUAGCUGUCAGAAACCUCCUUGAAAAAGGUGAAAUGUGGCCGGAUUCAAACUAUACAAUCAGCCCUAAAGUUGUGGCCAAUAGGCUUAAGUGUUGGUUGCCCGAAAUUGUGUCUCCUCUGCAGAGUGCUUAUGUCCCAGGACGAUUGAUUUCUGAUAACACUUUGGUAGCCACUGAAGCAACACAUUUCAUGCACAAACUGAAAUACCAAGAAGCAGGUUUCUUCUCUCUCAAGCUUGAUAUUAGUAAGGCAUAUGACAGACUUGAUUGGUCCUUUAUUCAUGCUAUGUUGACAAAUGAAGGUUUGUCAGCUUUGAUCUCACAGGCAGUUCACCAACACAACAUUCAAGGCCUCACCAUGUGCCCACAGGCCCCUACUCUGCACCAUCUUUUCUUUGCAGAUGACAGUAUCCUUUUUGGCUCGGCUACAACUACAGAGUGUAUGCAAUAUAGGAGAAUUCUGAAUACCUAUGAGAGAGCAUCGGGACAGAAGGUGAAUUUUCAGAAAAGUAGUGUUGUCUUCAGCAAUAAUGUUAGUGAGGAGCAACAACAAGAACUGGCUGCUAUUCUGGAAGUUCAAUGUGUUAAGGAGCAUGAUAAAUACCUGGGGUUACCUAUGCGAGUAGGUAGGUCAAAGUCUGCCAUCUUUGCGUACAUAAAGGAGAGACUCACUAAGAAAUUAGUUAGUUGGAAAGCCAAAAUUCUUAGUGCAGCUGGAAAAGAAAUUCUAAUCAAGGCAGUUGCUCAAACCAUGCCACUUUAUGCAAUGAAUUGUUAUUUGCUACCCAAGGGACUCUGUGAUGAGAUCCAUCAACUGUGUACCUCAUUCUUCUGGGGAGACAUAGAUGACAAAAAGAAAAUUCACUGGCGAAGCUGGGAGAAACUCUGUCUCACCAAAGCUGAAGGUGGAAUGGGGUUUAAGAAUAUUUAUGCUUACAACCUUGCCAUGCUUGGUAAACAAGGCUGGAGAUUGAUUUCCAAUCCACAUUCUUUGAUUGCUAAACUGUACAAAGCCAAGUAUUAUCCCAUGCCAAUUGUUCCUUUUGGGAAGCAGACCUAG